AUGCAUCGAGUGUGUGCUGUGACGGUUCUUGGAUGGGCGGCAUGCUAUCAAUACCGCAACACAUACAGCCGCUGCAGUAAUGGAACUCCAACGAUUACUACUAAUAAUGUUUCUACCCGUUCAUUCCAUAUGAAGACUCCAUUGUUGCUCGAACAGUCCUCUUCACAUUUGAAAUUCUCUUUAGAAGCACUACCACCCCCGUUACAGCGUGAAUUCUGCUGUGAAGAAAACGCGCGUGACUUGAAACACUUAGCAGCGCCUCUUGAGAAGAAUGAAACUACAUGUAGUGAUGUUCUCAUAAAGGUAUUGCCUUCAUGGGCACAUGUAGUCUUAUGGCGCUGUUCAACAUGUAGUUGUCAGUGGGCAGCACGUCCAGUAGAUCGAGUGGAUCCACAAGUUUCUGCCUUUUACGCUUGUCCAAACUGUUCUUCAGCCUCUACUACUACUACUACUACUACUAAUAAUAAUAAUAAUAAUAAUACUAUUAGUACUUCUUCAUCAUCAUCAUCAUCUUCACUGCCGCAUCUUCGACGUUUUGCAGAUGUGUAUCCGCUGCUCGCCGCCCAAUGGGAUGGAUGUCGUAAUGCGAUGCUGCACAAUCGUGUGAUGUUUGAAUCCGUGCGAGAUGUUCCGCUGCCGUGCAGUGUUGAUUCGUGGUGGUUGUGUCCACACUGCCAUUCAUCAUGGAAAGAGUCCGUGGACUCCCGCGUACACCGUUAUGUGCAGCAAACAGAAAAAGAAACAAAAAGGGCCGCAAUACUUCCAUUGUGUCCUUCUUGUGAAAAACUUGGGGUACAUGAUUCCUCCACAUCUCAUAUAGAAACAAGAAUUACUAAUACGAAAAGAAACUCACAAAAGAAGUUGAAUUCUGUGGAAAUGAAACGAUUUCUAAAAGAUGAUGCCCUACUUCUCGCUGAGGCGCAGUUACAGCCAAACGAAGAUCCUGCAACUCUUCCACUUGAGAGUAAUAAGUUACUUCACUGGCGUUGUCGGUCUUGUACACAUGAGUUUACCGCUUCUAUUGCGGAUCGCUAUCUCCGUUACUAUCGUUGUCCACAAUGCAGCGGUGCUGUUGGCACGCCACUAAAUCUUCUCUCUAUUCAACGACCGGAUGUAUGCCGUGAAGUGGCACGAACUGUCUCCAACUCCAAAGUUCGGCGAUUAACUAUUCACGAUGAUACCGUGAUCACAUUUGUCUGUCGUACUUGUAUGUCGCCCUUCCGCAUGUCUGUAAGACUGCGGUGUUUGCUGCCGCCUGGGCGAAGUGCAUGUCCUAAAUGUCUAUGGAGUCGUUCCGAACGAGCAAAGGAAAUGGCCGCAGCAAACAUGCAGCGAAUUGCUUCUGGGGCAUCACCGAUGCGGCAGUUGAAACAACAUCGUCUUAAACGACGUAAUCGGGAUACGAUUGAAGUUACACUUAAUGAACUUCUUCGACGAGAUACCAAUCUAAUGAACUAA